AUGUCUCAGGCGCCACGUCCUGUGCUGGUCCCCGAAGCUACUAAAAUGAAUAACCUGGCCCAUAAAAGGAUGGAAAUCUACCCCAGAAUGCAGGUUUCAUCUCUUGGCAGCGCAAUUGACAGGCGUCAUCCUCUCAAAUUUAGGAACCAGACUCCAGUCAAUGCCACCGAGCGAGAGGUGUCCUUGGAGAAAGAAAAGUCCCCUGGACAUAUCCACUGGCUAAAUCGUGCUUUAUUUUUUUUCCCUCCCAACUUUCACAUUUCUACGCACCAAAAUGUUGAUGGUAAUGCAUACCACGCUUACCUGAGAAGCUUCUUCCAUUCCACCUGGGCGCAAGGAUUCGGAGCGUGCACGCGAGUCGCGGCUGGAGCCCGCCUCUCGCUACCGGAGCGGGCUUGGCCGGCGGCGGGUUCCCCUGUUGGCCGGGGUGCCAGAGCCGCUCCCCCGCCGGGGCUCCUGCAGUCAGCCUGCGGCGCGCACGCGCUCUACCCUCGGGCUGCCUAGGCGCCUCGGGUUUUCCGCAGGGCUGCGACUGGCCGGUUCCUGAGGCGGGGCGGGGCGGGGAGGAGAGGCAGAAUUCAUCACCACGUGACCGGCGUCAACAUGGCUGCGCCCAGUGUCCUCCACCUGCUCUUCCGCAGAGGUUGCCACAGAAUUUUCUCUUCACCACUCAAUCACACCUACUCACACAAGCAGCCGGGCAGUCCACAAAGAAGAAAUUUAUUUUUCCGGAGACAAAGAGAUAUUUCACACAGUAUAGUUUUGCCGGCUGCAGUUUCUCCAGCUCAUCCAGUCCCUAAGCACAUAAAGAAGCCAGACUAUGUGACGACAGGCAUUGUACCCGACUGGGGAGACAGCAUAGAAGUUAAGAAUGAAGAUCAGAUUCAAGGACUUCAUCAAGCUUGUCAGUUGGCCCGUCAUGUCCUCCUCCUGGCUGGGAAGAGUUUAAAGGUUGACAUGACAACUGAAGAGAUAGAUGCCCUUGUUCAUCAGGAAAUCAUCAGUCAUAAUGCCUAUCCCUCACCUCUAGGCUAUGGAGGGUUUCCAAAAUCUGUGUGUACCUCUGUAAACAACGUGCUAUGUCAUGGUAUUCCUGACAGUCGACCUCUUCAGGAUGGUGAUAUUAUCAACAUUGAUGUCACGGUCUAUUACCAUGGCUACCACGGGGAUACUUCGGAGACGUUUUUGGUGGGCAGUGUGGAUGAAUGUGGUAAAAAGUUAGUGGAGGUUGCCAGGAGGUGUCGAGAUGAAGCAAUUGCAGCUUGCAGAGCAGGGGUUCCCUUCUCUGUAAUUGGAAACACAAUCAGCUGCAUAACUCAUCAGAAUGGUUUGCAAGUCUGCCCACAUUUCAUUGGACAUGGAAUAGGAUCUUACUUUCAUGGACAUCCAGAAAUUUGGCAUCAUGCCAAUGACAACGACUUGCUCAUGGAGGAGGGCAUGGUGUUCACCAUAGAGCCAAUCAUCACUGAGGGAUCCCCUGAAUUUAAAGUUUUGGAGGAUGCAUGGACUGCGGUCUCCCUAGACAAUCAAAGGUCAGCCCAGUUCGAGCACACAGUUCUCAUCACUUCCGAAGGCGCGCAGAUUCUGACCAAACUGCCUCAUGAGGCCUGA